AUGGCUUCUUCCACAAGCCACGAAAUUUUUGUUGAGAGCCCAAGAAGUAACGAGACACGCUCACGAGAAAGUCCGGGGCUUCAGAGACACAAAAUCAUCGACUUUGUUCUAAACCUUUGCUACAAGCUUGACAUGGUUUUAUGUUGUGGUUUGCACGUCUGUGUUCGCUUUAUGAAGCCGUGCUGCCGUCUGCGUCAGUCUACCUUCACUCGGAUGUCUUACAUCGGUUUAUUGUUUGGGGCUUGCUUACUUUGUGGUUCUCUGCUAACCCCACGGACAAGAUAUAACUUGGGUGACAAUUUUUGCCAAAAUGUUUCGUACUAUUUCUGUGACAUUUUAUUUAGUUACGCUGCGGUUUAUCGCGUUCUUUUUCUGCUAGCAAUUUACUACUUUCUGCAAAGCCUUCUUUUAUUUGGCGUUUGUUCAAGUGGGGAGAGACGGGCCAAAAUAAACAAUGGCUUCUGGGGAGUAAAAAUUCUCGUUUUAUCGUUGCUAACAUUUCUAUUUUUGUUUAUCCCGCAUUCUGAAUACGCCGGAGAAGUUUGGACAUUUUUUGGCCUUAACGGAGGAUUUGCAUUCAUCAUCUUACAAUUCGUGCUGCUAAUAGACUUCGUUCAUGCGUGGAACAUAAGCUGUGUUGAAAGGUUGGAGGCCUCUACAAACUAUGCCCAAGCUAAACUAUGGUACAUUAUUCUUUGGAUUCCAACAUUAACGCUGUACACAAUUUCAAUUAUUUCAGUGAUAUCCUUUUAUAUACUGUACGCCUGGGCGCCUGGAUGUCAUAACAAUAUGUUUUUCAUAACGUUUAACGUAUAUCUCUGUCUUGCUGCAACUUAUAUUUCAGUGAACCCAGUCGUCCAAGAAGCGCGCCCGCGAUCGGGUCUUCUACAAGCAUCGGUCGCUACCACCUACAAUACAUUCAUUACGUGGCUCGCACUUUCCAAUGAACCUGACGAUAUCUGUAACCCGUCACGUGACUACCUUUUCCCUGGAACUCCUUUCGGCAACAUUCAAAUUCUAUUGAGCUUGGGAUUCAUGUUUUUUGUCUUAAUCUACGCAUGCCUGCGUGAUGUGCGCGCUCCGCAGUACGGCAAGCUGCAUCCGGGACCUUCAUCUACCCCGCCAUUGAGAGAAGAUCGCGAGGUCCCGGAUGAGAAUGGCGCAUUCGUACGCACCAGUGCUUUAGUUGAAGGAGGCUGUGUAUAUGACGAUGAACAAGAAGGCGUGGCUUAUAGCUAUUCCUUUUUUCAAGUACUCUUUUGCCUCGCCUCGCUCUAUGCUAUGAUGACUUUAACAAGCUGGUACCGACCCGAAGAAGGACAACGCGCUAGCGUUAAACUGGUUUGCGGUUGGGGAGCGGUUUGGAUCCGACUUUCUGCUGCUAUUUUUAGCACAUUUAUCUAUAUUUGGACGCUAAUAGCGCCUGUAAUAUUUCCGGACUCGUACAGAGAUUUAGUGUUCUUUCAGUUUAUGCUGGGGACAUACAAUCAUCAAACAACUCGGAUGAAAGCAUCACCAGCCAAAUAA